CCCCCCCUUCUGUUUCGAGAGUUGAUAAAAUCUUACCUGAUUUUUUUUACUGGUAAACAAUGUACACAAAGUCUGAAGCAACAAAAUUCGCGCCAAAACCUGCUGUGUUUUCAUGAGCGUUGAUUUGUUGCACUCUAAAUAAAAAUACUCACAGUCUGACUUUUGUUGGCAUCCUCACCCACUGAGAAUUUUGGCUCGGGCCUCAAGUCGAUUUGGCUCGAGAUCGAGCUUGAAUCGAGUCGAGGCUCAAGCCAAAAUUCUCAUUGGGCAAUUUUUAGGCUACACUGCGAAUCAGCAUUACACAAUAUUCAGUUCACUUUUACACACAUGCAAGAGAUCUAUAAGUUCAACUUGGUUUACACAAAAAAGUGUAAUCUUACUUGAACUGAAAAUCAAAACAAAUGUGCAAAAGUGAGCUGAACAAUGUGUAAUUCAGAUUUUCAGUGUACCAGAAACAAAGCACCUUACCGUUCAAAGUUUCAAUUUAAGUGAAAAUGGCUUCAUUCGGUGCACGUCGUGCGGUUUUUGCUUCGCGGUGUUUUUUUGUGUGAAUACAAUGCCGAAAAAGCAGACUUCGAUUUUGGACGCGUUUAAAAGGUGUGAGAAAAACGUGGAACCGUCGACGAGUUUUGCCAGCACGCGAAAUCGAAAUUCGGAAAAACACUGUGACGGUGCUGUGAAUGACGGAGGCCAACAGAAUUCAACUGUUCCCGGUCCUCGGCCCGAAUUCCCCAGUUUUCCUGUUUCGACGGAUUCGGUUGCUGGAGGAAACACGAAACAGACGAGCGGCUGCAGUUCCUACGACACAAACGCUGAGGAGGACACUUCGUUUCAAGGCAGUCGUAAAAGGAAGAGGAAUAACGGAGCAACCCAUGCGAAGAAAAGUAGGCAAUGUCCGGAUGGUUCUGAGCGCCGAAGUGUCGGCGGCAAUGUGCAAAACGCCGCUCUAGGGCGUGCUGAACUAUGCAGUGCGGAUUCCGCCGGUAAGCGAAAACGUCACACAUCGAUCGUUGAGAACCUGGAUGAUAGUGCAGAAGGAGAAAAAAGUUAUCGCAGUUCCGGAUCGGGCGAAAACGCCGAAGAUGACGCUGCUGCUGGCAAAAAGGAAUCCCGGAACAACGAAAAUGACGGUCUGAGUCUUUUUAAGCAUCACAGUAAAGAUUCCGCCGAAAAUGGAACACACCGAGUUCCACUCGAUUCACCGCUCGCCAGACGCUCUAUCUCUGAAUCCUCGUUCAACGAAAAAUCGGAUAGCCAAAGUGACCACCUCCACCCGAAUGGUUCUGAUCGCCGAAAUGUCGGCGGCAAAGUGCGAAACACCGUUCUAGGACGUGCUGAGUUACGCGGCGCAGAUUCCACCGGUAAACGAAAACGUCAAAUAUCGAUCGUCGAGAACCUGAAUGGUAGUGGAGAAGGAGAAAAAAGUUAUCGCGACAGUUCCGGAUCGGGUAAAAACACCGAAGAUGACGCUUCUUGGCCGAACUGUUACAACACGAAAUGGAAUUCCGGAGAAAACCGAACGCAGAAAAUCCAGCGAAACUCGGAUUCUGUGCGCCGUAGUUCUGGUCACAAAAAGCAAUCCCGUAAUAGCUUCACCGACGAGAACGCUGCUCUGAGUCGUUCUGAGCACCACAGUACAGAUGCCGUCGAAAAUCUAACUCUACAAGUUCCGUUCGAUUCGUCGCUCGCCAGACGUUCUCUCUCUGCCACCUUGAUCCACGAGAAACCAGAUAGUCUAAGUGGAAAUGGUUCGACAGAUUCGGAUUCGUCGAUUUCUGGUGGCCUCCGGAAUCGGAAACGGAGUACCCUUUCGUUCCUUUUCGGUUCUGAUCGUCGAAGUGUCGAUGGUAAAAAGCGACCGAAAAUCGGAUCCGGUUCAAUCGACAAAAACGCCGUCCUCACAAAUUCCACAGGAAAGGAAAAUAUGCUCGAUACGCAGCUGGAAGAUAGUUGCUCACCCCCGAAAGGUCAACGAAUCCUGAAUGGUCCUGAUCGACGUGGUUCUGGGCCAUUUAUCGAAACUGAUGCCCGAUUUGAAGUAAUUAUCAGUGAGCCAGGUGCGAACGAUUGGACCGAAGAAGAUGUUGGAGACGAAGGAUCUAACAUCUCGCCGUUGUUGAUGGUCGAUGCAACGAAAACGGUCGGAAGGGCUGGUGUCACGAUUGAACCCCGUGCGCUUCUGGAAGUUACUCUAAGCAACGAAGAACACCUCGUCAUCGGACAACCAAAUCCUGACAUCACGAUCCAACCGCACGAGAAGCUGCCAGCCACUCAGAGCUGUGUUCCGCGCCUUUGCUCCCAGGAUCAAAAUCGCCAAAUACCAAACGCACAUCGACUGGGCACUUCGCGAUCAUCAGGAGUGCAAACAACCAUUGUAGAUGCUUUUAACUAUGUUGGCAAGAAAAAAGUGUCUUCUUCUGCGUUCAACCCGGUUGAAACAGGAUCACUUCCAGCAGAAAAGUCAGAGCAUGACGAUGCUGAAACAUUGAAGGAUACUAUCAUGAACUCAUCCAAAGAUAGUGUGCGCGCAGAGGACGGCGUAGAGGGUUCAACGGUUGAAGACAGCCAUCCUGAUACCGAGAAAAGCAGAAUUUGUGAUCCGUCGGAUCCAGCAGCAGGUGUUCCCACUGACCGUCAUCAGUUUGCUGCUAUGGUACGGAAAGGGCCUUUCCAGCCAAGUCUGUCAGAAUACCCGAUCACCCGAUUCGGUGGCAAAAAGCGUGCCUUCAGGAAAGCUUGGUACGCUGUUCAUGACUGGCUCGAGUACAGCAUCAUUACUGACAAAACCUUCUGCUUCGUCUGUCGACUGUUUGGCAAGGAAAAUUCCGGAAAGGGUGGCCAUUCCGAUCCAGCUUUCGUAUCGACUGGUUUUUCAAACUGGAAAAAGGCAACACAAGCUUUCGCGACUCAUGAACGGUGCGAUUUCCACGUCGGCUGCAAGGAAGCACUUUUUGCUUUCAAAACACAGAAAGGAGUUGAUGAACAGCUUGAUGACCAAAAAUCAGCAGUGCUGAAAGCGAAAGAGCAGGUUCGUCUCAGAAAUCGUCGCUUGAUUGCUCAGCUGGCUGAAGUGGUAAGGAUGUUGUGCAGAGGCGGUCGACCCUUUCGUGGCCACGAUGAGUCAAAUGAUUCUCAAGAAAAGGGACUGUUUCUGGAGUUUAUACAUCUCAUCGCAAAGUACGAUGAUCAAUUGCAAGAACACCUUAAAGCUGGACCCAAGAACGCAACCUAUCUCAGUAACAAAACGCAAAAUGAAUUAAUUGCUGCGAUGCACAACGUUAUCCUGCGAAAGAUUCAAGGCAAGCUAGUUGGUAAAAGGAUAACAAUCAUCGCUGAUGAAACCAGCGACUGUGGUCAUCAUGAGCAGCUGGCCGUCGUGAUCCGUUACGCUGAAGAUGACGGCAGCUCACAAGAGGUGUUUGUUGGGCUGAGGAGAUUGCUGAAAACGGAUGCACAAACCAUUUUCAACGAGCUGUGUGCUGUUUUGGGCGAUCUUAAUCUAACGUGGGAUCAAACGGCUUGUGUCUGCUUCGAUGGAGCGAACAACAUGUCCGGUCAGCACGGCGGUGUCCAGGCCAAGUGUAAGGAGAAAAAUAAGCGUAUUCAAUAUAUUCACUGCUACGCACACUGCUUAAAUCUCGUGCUGGUCGACGCUGUAACGUCCAGGAAGGAAAAUGGAAUCGUUUUCGAUUUUUUCGGGACAAUACAGUUCCUGUACUCAUUCAUCGAAGGCAGCCCAACACGACACGCCGUUUUCGAGCGCGUUGUUGUCAGAGGUGGAGACCGCCUGAAGGCGCUGAAGACGCUAUCAACUACUCGCUGGGCGGCAAGAUCGGAAGCAGUUUCCGCGGUUCGAGAACAGUUCGAGUCGAUCGUAAAGGCAACGGAGGAAAUAAUUGACACGUCAUCCGCUCCUGAUGUUAAAGCGAAAGGAAAAGGCCUACUGGCACAGCUUAAAAGCUUUAACUUCAUUUUGGCUUUAUACACCACUGAUUUCGUUCUUCGUCUCAUUAACAUCGUGAACAAAACUCUUCAGAGCAGCACUGUCAGUGUGUCUGCGUCGCUGAAAGCGAUCGACUCAUUGAAAAUCCGGCUGAAGGACUUGCGAAAUGAUUCAUCUUUCAGGGACUUUUUUGAAGAUGCUGUAGUAAUGUGUGAGAAGUUGAGCGUUGAUGUGCCAGCCGUGCGGAACCGGAAACCAGUCAGGAAACCCGAUUCAGAUUCAGUCUCGGAAGCAGUAUUUUCGUCGAAGGAAGAAGAAGUAAGAGUCAAAUUUUACUUCCCGCUGCUCGAUAGUCUCCUUGAUGGAUUAGAAGAACGUUUCGACCAAGAAUCAACCGCUGCAUUGCGUGCAUUUGAAAAGGUCUUGAACCUGGAGGCAAACUGUGAGGAAACAGCUUUAGUAGCUGGUCUAGUGGAAGUGAAGGCAUUUGAUCUGCAAGCCGAAAUGAGUCUACUGACAACACAGCGUAAUGAGAUUGUUGGAAAAGAACCGGAGGAGCUGAUUAGCUGGUUAGGCAGCACCGGGCAGGAGGCGAUGUUUGAGAACUACGCAAAAGUCGCCAAAACGUUUUCGGUUUAUCCUGUUUCUUCGUGCAAGGCUGAGAGAGCAUUUUCCAAAAUGGCAAUUGUUAAGAUGAAACUUCGAUCAACAAUGCUGCAAAAGCGCCUGAACGCGAUUAUGCUUCCGUUUGUUGAGCAGCAGCUUUGUAACGAGAUAUGCAUCGAAGAUGUAGUUGACGAAUUCGACAGGCUGACAGGUGCUCAGCGAAGAUUUGCUCUGUGAUAAUCAUCGCUAGCUUUUUACAAUGCUAUUGAUUAAUAAAUACUGAACUACACCGUGUACUUCUCUUUUCAAAACCUAAAAAAAAAAAACAAAAAAAUACUCUGAUGAUCACCCAAAUAUGCAGCGGGUAUUCGACUC